AUGAGCGUGUUGUACGGUGUUUAUGUGUCGACACUCCUUACCACCACCGUCACGCACCGAGCGACCCUCGUCACUUGGAGUGAACGACAGCGGUGGCACCGACGUCGAGGAGGAGCUAUUAGUGCCAAGGUUGGUGCGGCGGUUACGGCCGCGGAUGACCAGCGGCUGAAGAAAGGAAUAGCGGAGUUCUACGAUGAGUCAUCGGGGAUAUGGGAGAAUAUAUGGGGAGAACACAUGCAUCACGGCUUCUACGACCCUGGCGCCAUCGUACAAAUCUCCGACCACCGCUCUGCUCAAAUCCGUAUGAUUGAACAGGCACUCCUCUUCGCCUCUGUUCCUGAGGACCCAGUAAAGAAACCUAAGAGCAUAGUUGAUGUUGGGUGCGGAAUCGGAGGUAGCUCAAGGUACUUAUCAACAAAAUAUGGAGCAGAAUGUUAUGGCAUCACCCUCAGCCCUGUACAAGCCGAGAGGGGUCAGGCCCUUUCUGCUGCCCAAGGAUUGGCCAACAAGGUCUCUAUUCAAGUUGCAGAUGCUUUGAACCAGCCUUUUCCUGAUGGGAAGUUUGAUCUGGUUUGGUCUAUGGAGAGUGGAGAGCACAUGCCUGACAAACUAAAGUUUGUUAGUGAGUUGGCUCGAGUGGCGGCCCCAGGAGCCACAAUAAUCAUAGUCACUUGGUGCCACAGGGACCUUUCCCCUAGCGAAGAAUCCCUACGCCCAGAGGAGAAGAGGAUUUUGGACAAGAUAUGUGAUGCAUUUUAUCUUCCUGCUUGGUGUUCUACUGAAGAUUAUAUAAAAUUACUGGAAUCCCUUUCUCUUGAGGAUAUCAAAGCAGCAGAUUGGUCAGAAAAUGUUGCCCCAUUUUGGCCUGCUGUGAUAAAGUCUGCAUUGACUUGGAAUGGUCUAACUUCAUUGCUACAAAGCGGAUGGAAGACUAUUAAAGGGGCAUUAGCAAUGCCAUUGAUGAUUGAAGGACUCAAGAAGGAUGUGAUCAAGGUCUCCAUUAUUACAUGUCGAAAGCCUGGAUAA